CGGGGCUUUGAGCGGCGCCGGGCCCCCCGCGGGCAGCGCUGUCAGCGGCGGCCGCCCCCUCCCCGGACAUGAAGCCGAGCCCCGCGGGCGCCGCGCCGGCGGCGGGGCCGGCACCGGGAGCGGCACCGGGAGCGGCACCGGGAGCGGCACCGGGAGCGGCACCGGGAGCGGGGGGACCCGCCGGGGCACCGCGGGAGCCCGAUGCGCGCUGGAGGGAGAAGGGCGAAGCGGAGGCGGAGCGGCAGCGCACCCGGGAGCGGCUGGAGGCCACGCUGGCCGGGCUGGGCGAGCUGGAGUACCUGCGGCAGCGCCAGGAGCUGCUGGUGAAGAGCCUCCUGCUGCGGCGGCCGGCGGGAGCGGCGCCCGGGGCGCAGGGCGGCCGCGGGGACGCGCCGGGAGAGGGGCCGCCGCCGCGCAGCCUGGAGGAGAAGUUCCUGGAGGAGAACAUCCUCCUCCUGCGGAGGCAGCUGAACUGCCUGAGGAGGAGGGAUGCUGGCUUGUUAAAUCAGUUACAAGAGCUGGAUAAGCAAAUAAGUGACCUCCGCCUGGACGUGGAAAAAACAGCAGAUGAACACCUUGAGACAGACAGUCGUCCAAGUUCAGGGUUUUAUGAGCUGAGUGAUGGAGCCUCUGGAUCGCUUUCCAAUUCAUCUAACUCUGUCUUCAGUGAGUGUUUAUCCAGUUGCCAUUCUAGCACUUGCUUUUGCAGCCCUUUGGAGGCAACACUGAAUAUCUCAGAUGGACGCCCUAAAUCUGCAGAUCUCAUAGGCUGGAUGGACUAUAAUAAGGAAGGCCAGCAUGAGGACCAGACCGCAGGCUCUGUCUGUCGCUCUUUGUCCACACCGCACUCAAAUUCCCUCGAUGUCGUUGCAGAUGUACAUCCCAAGUACCAGUGCGAUCUGGUGUCUAAAAACGGGAACGACAUCUACCGGUACCCCAGCCCGCUCCACGCUGUGGCUGUGCAGAGCCCCAUGUUCCUCCUCCCCGUGACUGAGAACCCCCAGCGAGAAGAGGAGAGGCUCGGUGGCGAUAUUAGCGACGUUUGCACCCCGUCGGAAACGGACUCGGGACAAUCCGCCAACACCUUCCUCCCGCAGAGCUCCUGGCCGGCGCCCUGCCCUUCCACCAGCAAGAGGAUAGACAGUUACAUCUUGAGCCUGGUCCAGAAAAAGACUCACGCGGUGAGGACUAACAAACCCAGGACGAGCCUCAACGCCGAUCCCACCAAAGGGAUCCUGAGGCACGGAAGCAUGUGUGUCAGGCAGCCGGCAGCCGUGGUGGCUCACGGCAAUGUCGUGAGCCUGAAGAGCUCCAAGCAGGUGUGUUUGCCCCCCGGUGGCACCCCCGCUCUAGACCACACAGCACCCUCUCCCUUAAAGCAGAGGCCGAGGGAGCCAGCUGGCGAGCAGCUGGAGAGCAGGAAGGCACCUUUGCCGGCAGCUUUCCCACCCGGCACAGCAACGGAACUUCAGAGCAAGCACCUGCCACGGGGUGUCAAACCGGCACCGCCGGAGCUCAACCGCGGCGUGGCGGCCACAGCAGGGGAUGUCCCCAAGGAGAACGGCCAGCUCUUCGCUGCGUCUCCCAAAGAGAGCCCAGGGAAGCCCGUGGUACUGCAGCCAGAGAACAGGGUCAGCCAGCCUCCCAAAAAGAUCCUGCUGAAGAGCAGCUUGCAGGCAGCUCUCUCCUCGUCGCCAGCUGUCGAGGAGAGGCCCGCGCUGGAUUUCAAAAGCGAGGGCUCUUCCUCGCAGAGCCUGGAUGAUGGGCUGCUGGUGAACGCCCAGUACAUCCCUGCCCAGCAGCAAAGCAUGAAACUUCACAAAGGCACCCGAAAUGUCAAGAUUUUGAAAAGCUCUGCAUUGAAACACAGGUCCCACCUUGCCAACGGGCUGGAAAACAGCUCGCAGACCUUGCGGGAGAAAACCAAACCGGUGGGCAAGAAGUGCCGCUUUCCCGAGGAGUUGGAUACAAAUAAGAAACUGAAAAAGCCCUCGUCCCGGGGGAAGAGAGGCAGCGGGUUGCCGCUGGAGCCGGGCCCCCCCAGCCGGCAGGGUGGCCUGCACAGAUCCGCCCUCCGCUCCCACGGGCACGGCCGAGAGGUCGUGGUGGCCAAGCCGAAACACAAGCGCGCCGACUACCGCCGGUGGAAGUCGUCGGCGGAGAUUUCCUACGAGGAGGCCCUGCGGAGGGCCAGGAGGAACCGGCGGGAGGGCGUGGGGGUCUACCCGCAGGUGCCCCUGCCCUACGUCAGCCCCUACGCCUACGUGGCCAGCGACUCGGAGUACUCGGCAGAGUGCGAGUCCUUGUUCCACUCCACCGUGGUGGACACGAGCGAGGAUGAGCAGAGCAACUACACGACGAACUGCUUUGGAGACAGCGAGUCAAGCCUGAGCGAGGUGGAGUUCGUAGGGGAGAGCACGACCACCAGCGACUCUGACGAGAGCGGGGGCCUGAUUUGGUCCCAGUUUGUCCAGACGCUCCCCAUCCAAACGGUCACGGCGCCGGAGCUGCAUGAAAAUGCGGCAAAGGCCUUUGUCAAAAUCAAAGCCUCCCAUAACCUCAAGAAGAAGAUCCUCCGCUUUCGGUCAGGCUCCCUGAAGCUCAUGACGACCGUCUAGUGAGGUGACUUGGUGGAAUGUAUCUGCUUCUGCUUUCGGAAGCAAGGUGCUUUGUUUUUUUGUACAUAUUUCCACAGAAUUUUUUUUUUUUUUAUACAAAUAUUUAAAACUUAAGGUAAAUUAUGUCACUUGUCUUCAGAACUUGGGUGGAUACUAGUGCCUUUUACGUGGAAAUAAAAGACCGUUAUAAAAAACGAAAACCCAACAUAACACUGCCAUUUCAGUGGUGAACAGCCUCCAGCGUGUGGUGUCAGAAGGCUUUGAAAAAAGGCUAAUGUUUCUGAGUAUGGAUCUCCCUUGCCUAGUUUUUCUAGUUCUGGGUCUUAUACAGGAUAUUGACAGCUUAAGGUCAUAAGUUUUUAGGGAAAAAGGGGGAGGGAGUGUGGGUGGUUUUCAUGCUUUUGCUUGUCCCUUUCUGCUGCUGCUGUUGCCACAUCUUGAACUUCUUCCUCCUGGUAGUCUGGCCUGUUUUUUUUUUUUUCCUUUUCUUGUUGAUUCUCUUCUUAAAACUCACCCCUGUCCUCCUCCAGCCUUCCCCCACCAGAAAAGGGCUCCUGUUCAAUCUGUCUGCCUUCUCUGGAGUGCACUCUGCUCUGAUCUCCCGGGAGUCCCGCUGCGGACGGCGGUGGUGUCCAGAGUAAACUGCUGGAGCAGCUGACCAAGGCUUAGUAACUUCAUUAUAUUGUGUAAAACUGCUUUUGAAAAAGAAAGAAAAAACCCAUAUGCAUGUCACGUGCAUGAGUAUCAGUAGUUUUAAUAUUCCUGUUGAUGUCCAAUUUACUGUACAUCAUCAAUGGCUGUUUUUAUAUAUAUAUAUAUAUAUCAUUGUGUAAAUUAAUAUAACACAUCAUAUGCUGUAAUAAACAGUCUGUUUUAAUACUUUUUAAAGUUUGUUACGUUGGUGCAGACCCAGUCAAUGGUUUUAUAUUGGCAUUGUCACCACUUAGAUGUGUCUGAUGUGACCUGUUAAAGUUCCCUGCAUUUAGCAAUGCAGGAAACAGAGAAAGUUUAAAGUGUUGCUGUGGAUGUGACUUGUGCUGUGAGGGAAUUGGGUUGUCAUGGCUCCUCUUGUUCUUCCCAUAACUUGCAUUUUUCUAAGGGCAAGGUAGGAUUUAGGAUCUCAGAGGCAUCUUCAGGUUGUUGCUGACGGGCAGCUCACGUUGCGGAGCAGAUGGAAGUGUAAUAUUAAUCCUCCUCGCUGUCUGGGUGCUUCCAGACUUGGGUUGGUACAACACAGGGGCAGAUGGUUGGUUUCUGUAACCAAAUCGAUCCGUGUAACGUAACAGGUGUCCCUCUGAAACCUCCAGUAAAUGAAUCCCCAAGAGCUCUGUGCUCUGGGAGCCGGGCUGGGUGGAGGAGAGCACAGGUCUGUGGUGACCUCCUUAGCUGUGGCAGCUGACUCUAUCACAGCCCUGGCAAGGUCAUGGAAAGAAGUGACAAUUGUGUCACCCACUGGUCUCUGUCUCAGUUUAUUCCCAUAGGACUGGAGGUGAGUCUGCCAGCAAAAGAGAAAGGAACUAUCCAUAGGCCACACUGCUUCCCUUCACAGCAACAGCUGUGCAGCUUCCUGGUGGGAAGGCUGGAGGUUUUUGGCAGGUUGAGCUGGUUUCUGCAGGUUCAUCUUCUGCUUUGGCAACCACAAAGUGGUGGACAUACAACUGGCGUGGGUGCUGUGACUGGUACGGAUUUCAGGGAUUUGUGUGCAGCCUGUCCGUUCCAUGGCAAGAUUCUGCUGAGCAGAACCUUCCUUUGUGGUUCCUCUGUGUCCUUCCUGCUGUCACCCACCUGAAAGGCAGAGCAGAUUUUUUUCUCAGGUUCCCUUGCAUAGCAGAUGUAGGAAGGAGAGAUCCACCUGGAAUUAAACAUCUCUGGCAGCAGUUCCUGAGGCAAUGGGAACACUUUUUCCAAGAGGCACAUUCUAUUUUUUAAUCUGCAGUGCAGUAAAUCCCUACCUAUAAAAUGUCUUAUACUUCUUUUUCUUUUUUUUUUUAAGUAGAGAGAUAUCAGUUUCUGUAAGUGUUUUAAAGUACAUCACAAGCCUGUGGAUUCAGUGACCCAGAAAGUCCUUGCACUUCCAUCUCCCACGAUGCAGGAAAAGCUGUAACUCCCCUUACCUGCUUAUAACUGUCCUAUUGCUUUACACAUGGAAGGGCAGCUUGUAUAUAUAUAUAUGUAUGUAUAAAAAAUUUAUAUAAUGGUAUGAAAUAUUUCAUCCAGAAAUUACUGGACAGUGGCUGCCACCACAGAGAGGGGAAAGAAGUAAUGUUUAUUAUAUGUGGCAUUACUAAGGCUAAGCAGCAGCUUAAUGCAUUCCCAUGAAUAACUGAUGGGUGUUAUAUCAAACAAAGGGAAUGUCUUGUGGAAGCUAGUAGUUUCUUUCCUAGAAUAUCUCUUAAUCAUGCCACAUAAUCUCUCUUUGAGCGAGAAAAACAUGUGCAAAUCCCUGUAAAUCUCCUCAAAGUUGUAGCAGAGUUGCAGAGAGGAUCCUCAGACAUGCACUCCAUCUCUCUGGCUGUAAAGGAGCCACUGGUGGAGAGACAAAGCAACCAGUGGAUGAGGUUUUAAUUGCAGAGCUAUAGCAGAUUGCCUUGUUCCAGGUGAGGGAGGCUGCUUUUCAAAAGUGAGCUGCUGAAUGGUUUCUUUUCAGAUAAUUGAGUAAAAAAAACCUAAAUAACCACCUAAAUAUCGCUAAGGCUGUAUCAGCUGCAGCCACUGUAUUCUGCAGUUCUCUUGCUGAAUAGCUUGAUACCAGACCUGGGAAAUGGGCUGAUGGUAUCUCUGUCUUAAUUGCAUCUGAGUCUUUUCAAUUUGGGGAAGGAAUUUUCCUUUUUUUACAGGAUUUAGGUAAGCAUCCAGAAUCCUUUAGACAGGCCCAGGUUUUUCUAUCUACACCCAACCCCCUCCAUAUUUCUUUUUUAUUAACAGAUCUUAAGAGUGCUGGAAAAGUACUUGAUAUGGUCCCAAUGCACAACACACAUUCUCGUCUCUGGUUCUGAUUUAGGAAACACAUCUGAGUUAGUAAGUUUGGCUGAAAAACAUCUGCUGAUCUUGGAGACCAGUUGAAUAUCUGGCACUUCUUUAAGCUACCUGGCUUUCCAGCUUCACAGCCUGGAGUCCUUGCCCGUGUAUUUUUCAUACUGUUCACAUUUUAAUCAUCCCCAGUGUUUAUGGUUGCCUUUGGAAGUCUGAAGCAGGAACAUUUCAUUGCACUGGGACCUGUUUCCAGGUGGGGGUAGGUUGUGGUGGGGAAGUUUGGGAUUAGGUAUCCCUAUGCUCUGUAUGUAACUGAGUGCAGGAAAGCACAGACACAGAAAGGAACACGAGCAGACCCCUUUAGCUGGAUUCCUUGUGAUUCAGGAAACACGGUGUUUCUGCACACCUGGAGCACCAUCGCUCCCGCUGCGGGAAUCAGCAUCACACUCUGAGGGGAUGAGCGUGUCACUGGGCUGUCUGCCUUCCAGCAGGCUUUUUGGGUCUGUCUUCUGCUCCCCAGCCCCAGCCACCAGCUGUGGGUCAGCAAAUAAACAAUCAAGCUGUGUCUGGUGCGUGCAGGGUCAGGGAGAGGCCCUGGCGUUGUGCCGAGACGUCCCAACUGCGUGGGGCCCCUGCUGUGGACCUCAUGCUUGUCCUGAGAAAUCCAACGUGCCUGUGCUGCAAGGGCUCAGACAGCUGGGUCUGAAGGAAGGGGGGAAUGGAGAGUCCCAUAAAUAGAGUGGCCUGAUCCUGCUUCAGCUGUAUUUCUAAGAGAGGCUGGAAGAAGAGGUGUUUCAGCCUCGUGUUUCAGCUCAGUAAGUUGGACUGGAUUAAAGAGAAUCCUCUGAGGGACUCUGCCUCCUUUUUUCCAGAACCCUCUAAAUGAUCAAGGCCACUAUCAGCACUGCCACUUGCUCAGGUGCUUAAAGCAUCUGACCAAGUCCUGCAAGAACUGGGGACAAGUGAUGAGCUUCAGUCCCCCAGGUCUGUUUUUGGCCUUCCAUGGCACAGCCCCUGUUUGCAGAGAGCCUUUAAGUCCCAGCCCUCUGCAGCUUUCCCUGUCCUGGGGCUUCAGAGGGAAUCUAUCCAUCCCUUACAAGUUUUCUAGUUUCCUUAUGGCCUGGGGUUUUUGCUGGAUAAGGACUGAAAAGAAAUUCUCCACGACAGUCCUGUGCCUUCAGUAAUCCCAAAUCUGUUUGUUGGCUCAGAGGAAGGUCAAAUGGCAGCUCAAGUGGCGCUCCUCAGGUGGCAGCCAGCAAAGCCAUCCCUCAGGGACCUGCAUCUCUUUCUGUCACAAAGGGCAGCAAAGGCUUGGGUUGGCUGUGGUCACCACUUGGCAGCUGAUUCACCACAACGGGCACGGCUCUCCCUCAGCAUGUGAUUUUUCUCACAGGAGGGAACAAGGACGUGAACAUUUUUGAGGAAGCAGAAACAACUAAAUGCAUUUUUAAUAGCUAACUUCAGUGUCUAGUAUGUAUCUUUGGAGUAGCCAACAAAAAUACACAGCACUGAGCUGCUGGUACGAAAACAGAGCCAUUCUCAGCUCUUUGCAAUGUCCUGUCCAUGGUAGGAGGGGACACAGAAACCGAUGGAGACAAAUCACAAACCCCAGGUCAGUUUGUCAAACUUGCUUUUCUCCUGAAUUUCUCUGAACCUCCAAGGUAUUGCACUGGGGCUCCUUGCACGGCAUGGUGUUUCUUUUCCUAACUAAACAUUAUAGAUGGAGAACUGUGGUGAGAAACAAUUGAUGCUGGAGCGUGUCCAGAGAAGGACAAGAGAGGAUGAAAGGACUAGAGAAGAAGUCUUAUGAGAAGUGGCUGAGGGAGCUGGGGGGGCUCAACCUGGAAAACAAGAGGCUUAGGGGGAACCUUCUUGCUCUCUACAACUCCCUGACAGGAGGUUGUAGCCAGGUGGGGGUCAGGCUCUGCUCCCAAGAAACAAGUGAUGGGACAAGAGGAAACAGCUUCAAGUUGCACCAGGAGAGGUUUAGAUUGGAACUUAGGAGAAAAACCUUCUCUGCGUUGGAACAGGCUUCCCAGGGAAGCGGUGGAGUCGCCAUCCCUGGAAGUGUUCCAGAAAUAUGUGGAUGUGGCGCUUGAGGACUUGGUUUAGUGGUGAACAUGAUGGUGCUGGGGUAACGGUUGGACUCAGUGAUCUUAGAGGUCUUUUCCAACCUUAACUGUUCCAUGAUUCUUCAAGUGGCUUUAGAGGUUAAAAAUUCUCACAGUGCUGAAAUGAGGGGAGAUAUAGAAACCAGUGGGGGAUCCGUUUAAAAGGGAUACUAGAAAGUGCUUUUUUACACAGCAGGGAAUCUGCUACCACAGGAAAUAGUGAGACAGAUGUAAUAUCAGCAAGUUCAAAGGUGUUAGAGAAGGUAGGGAUGGGUGUGCUUUACCAUCCCCAGUCAAUGAUUGUGGAUGCCAGAAGAGUGUGAAGUGAAUGGACUGCAAAUAGUGGCCAGGCUUGUGUGCUCCCAUUCAAGAUUGUCUUUCCCUGUUGUUGUUGAACUACCAUUAGCUGGAAGAGAUGCACCAUCCUGUUGACACAGCAGACCAUUUCCUCUGCUCCUAUGAUCUUGGAGUAGCUGAUGGAGGUUGUCUAUGCAACUGAAUUUCCUCACUCUUUAUUAGUCUUUUGCCCUCCCAAGUGCUGCUGAAGGCAAGUUUUGCAUUGCUUUGCAAAGUUCACUUUCCACGCUUGGCUGACACGUGUUUGUUCAGACUGUGGGCACGUGUUUCUGGUCACUCUCGUCCUGUGACACAAUUUCAUCCACCCUUUUGCAUGGGCAGCCUGUGCUGAAGUCCUCUGUUAUGGUGAACAUCAUUCCCUGUCCUACAAACACCGUUAUGGACACAGCCCAUAGAUGAUCCUCAUGACUUCAGUCCAUACAUUAGUCUACCAUGGGAGUCACUGUUGGGCAGCAAUUUCACACCCUACAGUUGCUUAUAAACUCUAGGAGAAGCUGGUGAACUCCAAACCAAAUGAACCAUCCUAGAGACAAGAAUGCCUCCACUGCUCCUUGCCUUGGGACUUUGCUAUCCUUGGAGAGCGUUUCUCUCCAUCUGACUGUGUCUCCAUUGGUGCUUUGGCUUGGAGCAACAGAGCAAUCUGGGAGUGAGUCCCAUGGUCAUCUCCACUUGGUGAGUGCUGGUUUGGACAGCAGAGCAGUUUUAGGGCACACUUGGUAGAUGCCUUGAGAACACUGACCCAGGUGGUCCACUCCAGGGACACAGCAAAUGUGUUUCUACCCGAUCAGGGACAUGGGGAUCUGACCCAGUGAUGGCUCCCUGGAAUAACUUCCAGUCAAAAAAUAUGGGCAAGUUUGGUCCAAAUGACACUGGGGACCAGACUUAGUCUAGGCUAAAGUAAACAGUUGAACUGUGUAUAUUGUACUUGUGGGGAACUCUCUUUGGAUCUGCUCCUUUUGUGCUGGGUGACCUCUAAUGUAAACAGAGCCUUUCUCUCAAUUAAUGGCCUUUGUUUCCAUGUGUAUUCCUUUAAGAUCAAUAAAGUAUAUUAACAUUAAUACCUUCAUUUCACUGA